UCAAUUUUCAAUUGGAUAUCCGAUUAAAGUACUUCAAAAUUCCGGGUCUACACAAAUCCCGCUUAAAUUCAAAUAUUCCUUCUCUCUUCAAACUUCAAUCUCAGAAAAAUAUUCCGGAUCAGAGCUUUUCAACAAUGGUGGAAAUUGAGCAAGACCAUCAAUUAACUCGCAAAAUUGCUCUAAUUUUGGACGAAAGCAAAGCUUCCUACGCAACACACAAUCGAAAACUGAAAGAACUCUGCAAUCUCAGAUCUUCGUCACCUCAACCUCAAACAUUCUUCUCUUCGUUCCGCAAAGCUCUUUUACCUAUUUUCACUUUCCAGCGACGAACUGCUUCUGCGGAGCGUAUAAUCCGCUUCGUUUGCACCUUCGCUUGCUUCACUGACUCCAAGAGAACUUCCAUUGAUUUUCAUGAUGAUUUCUUAGAAACUUUCUUGCGGUUUCUUCUAACUUUCGUUUCCGCUAAUAAAACUGCUAGGUUUCGCUCUUGUCAGAUAAUUUCCGAGAUCAUAAUGAGAUUGCCAGAUGAUGCAGAAGUAAGCAAUGAGCUAUGGGAUGAGGUGACAGAGAGCAUGGUUGUACGAGUGGGAGACAAGAUUCCCAUAAUUCGUACAUAUGCAGUUAGAGCUCUUUCGCGCUUUGUUAAUGAUUCUGAGAACAGUGACAUACUUGAUUUAUUCAUUCAAACUCUGGAUUCAGAGCAAAAUGCAGAUGUAAGAAAGACUAUUCUUCUGUCCUUACCCCCUACUAAUACAACAUCAUCAGUGAUCAUCGGCUGUACUCUUGAUGUUAGUGAGUCAGUACGUAAAGCUGCAUAUAUUGUUUUGGCCAAUAAAUUUCCUCUCCAGAGCCUCAGCAUCAAGCUCCGAGCAUCAAUUCUUCAGAGAGGACUUUCUGAUCGUUCUCCAGCUGUUGUGAAAGAAUGUGUGAAGUUACUGAUAGAUGAAUGGUUAUGCAAAAGUUGCAAUAGUAAUCCAGUUGAACUUCUCAAGUAUUUGGAUGUGGAAACAUAUGAGAGUGUUGGUGUUUCCGUAAUGAGGGCUCUCUUAGGUGCUGGGAUGGGUAAGCCUGAAGAAACUCAGAAGAUACAACAGUACAAAGACUCGUGUGACGAAGCUGAAGUUUCUAAUUGCAACCAUGGUGUCAAGCUUCUGGAGCCAGAGCUUGCUCUCUAUUGGAGGGUUGUGUGUCAGCACUUCCAUACAGAGGCCCUGGUAAAAGGCUCAGAUGCAGCUGCAACUACGGGCACUGAAGCAACUGUAUAUGCAGCAGAAGCGACCAGCUACAAUGAACUCCUAGAGAAAUUUCUCCCUGCAACAGUAUCUGAUUAUGUAGAUUUGGUGCAAGCUCAUAUUACAAUGGGAGCAAAUUAUCACUUUGCAUCACGGCAACUCUUGUUGAUUGGUGCACUGCUUGACUUCUCUGAUGCGACAAUCAGGAGGACUGCCAGCACAUUUGUUCAGGACUUGCUGCAUAAACCACUUGAAUAUGAAGUAGACAGCAGUGGUAACAAGAUUAUUAUAGGAGAUGGAAUCAAUCUUGGUGGUGACAGGGACUGGGCCAUUGCAGUAGCAGGGCUGGUAAAGAAAGUUCAUGCAGCUGAUGGUGAGUUUGAAGAAGUUAUUCUUCAAGUAGUUGAAGAACUUGCUAGGUCAUGCAGGGAAAGAACUGCUGACUUUCUUGAGUGGUUGCAUUGCCUGGCUGUUAUUGGUCUUCUAUUGGAAAAUACGAAAUCUUUACACAUAUUACUAGGGAAGGCCAUCGAACCUACUGAAUUACUUAAUGCCCUGUUGCUUCCCGGGGCCAAGCAUCUUAACUUGGAUGUUCAAAGGGUUGCUCUACGAUGUCUGGGUCUUUAUGGAUUAUUGGAAAGGAGACCAAGUGUAGAAGUGGUGAAACAAUUAGCCUUUUCAUUUGUCAAGGGACCAUCUUCAAUUAGUCUUCUUGCUGGAAAGGGAUUAAUGGAUCUUUUAAUGUGGCAUGACCCUCAAGAAGUUGACAAAGCUCUAGGGCAAGAAUUCUUCACACAACUUGAUAAUGGGCUGCAUCAGACUUCUGAUAUGUGCAAUAAAAUUGAUGGUUUCAAUUUUGGUGUUCUUUAUCUUUUAUAUGUUGGAUUAGAAAGAGAUUUUGUUGACCAAACAUUGGAUGUUGAAGAGAAUGAAUCAGUCCAGGCUACUCUUGGCGAGGGUUUUGCAAAGAUUCUUCUUUUGAGUGAGAGUUAUCCUAGCAUACCUGAUUCCUUGCAUUCAUUAAUCCUGGUUAAGUUGAUUACCUUAUAUUUCAGCAGGGAAAACAUUGAAAUACCAAGGUUAAAGCAAUGCUUAUCGGUGUUUUUUGAGCAUUACCCUUCACUGUCAUCUAAUCACAAGAAGCAUCUCUCUAAGGCCUUUGUUCCUGUAAUGCGUGCAAUGUGGCCCGGGAUUGAUGGGAAUCAUGGGGGAUCGAAUAAUUUGAUAUCCAAUAUGCGUAAACGUGCUGUCCAAGCAUCACGCUUUAUGCUACAAAUGAUGCAAUCAACGCUGUAUCAAAAGGAGACAAAUGAGCAUGUGAAUAGUUACCCAGAGGAAAAUACCGGUUGUGUGGAGAACAGUGAUGGAUUUGAAGCUGGACAAGAGGGUCUUGCUUUACGCAUAGCCACUGAGGUGGUUAGCUUUGCGUUAAAGAAAACAGCUUCAGAAAAAUCAUACGUGUCAGCUCUCUGCAAGGCCAUAGUUUUACUUCAUUUCCGAGAGUCAGAACAAGGAACAAUCAAGUUGAUGCGGCUUCUUCUGAAUCGUAUCAUUGGGUCUAUCUCAUAUGAGAAAGAGCUUGUAAAAGAACUAACAAACAUGGCUCAACACUUGAGAAAAUUGGAUUGUAAUCCAGAUGAGAAGUUGACUAGAGAGAAUGCUGAAUUCAUUCUUGGGAGGUUGAAUCUGGAGUAUAAUCUUAGUGAAGAUCAUUCAAUUGAAAUACCACCAACUCCGGCUCCACGUCCUACUCAACCUUCUCGUUCAAGAAGACGCACACAACGUGAAGAAAGCUCCUCUGAUGAAGAAGUUUCACCCACAACUGUAGUCCCUUCAACUGUUCGAUCAGGUGCACGUUCUCAGAGGGCAAGCAAAACAGCAGCAUUGACGAAGAUGACAUCUAACCGAGCUUAUGAUGAUAUCGAAGAGGAAGGAGAAGGUUCCGAUUUAACUUCCCAAGAGGAGGCCACUGAUUCCGACUCAUCAACUCAAUGAGACUAUGAUGCUUCCAUAGGCAUUUGUUGAAACAUAACAUGUAUUUCAGGUGUAUUUGUGAAUUCUUUUGGAGGAAAUCUGCAGGUAAAACUGAUGUUUAAGUACAGAUAUUACUGUAUUACAAUGUGUCGGAUGCUGGGCUGAUGACCAUGACUAUGACAACGUGCACAUGUCACUUAUUACAAGUUACCGUUCGAUCAGAUAAUCCGUCGGUUGUACAACACUUUGUUGGCUGAUCCGAACCACUAUCAUGAAAUCCUCAAUUAGGUUUGUCACUUGAGGAUAUUAAUAACUGACAUUGUUGUUUUGCAACGAUGUGUACCGUAAGUCUGUACUAUACUGUGACUUAAGAAAGUUAUACAUGGGACUAUUGAGUAUUGUC